AUGGACGACUGGUUGAUCCGCAAACCAAGAUCAACAGCAAUCCCGAAAGAGAUUGCACCCCAUGCUCUAGAAAAUGAACCAGCUUUUCGAUUCAAGGACACAUUGUACAAUGCUCAUUCCACUGGGCAUCAGCGUAGAUCUGGUGGCAGUAUGCCAUCGUCCUCGUGGAUGCAAAAAAGGGAGCAGAAAUUACAGUCUCAGUUCCCUGAACGUUGUAGUAAUAUAUUUAAUGGAGUCAAUAUUUACAUCAAUGGGUGGACUGGAAAUAACAAGGACUUGCAAUUGAAGCAACUGGUAGCAAAACAUGGCGGAAACAUCAGCUAUGCUCUAGCCCAACGUAAAGUAACACAUGUGAUCGUUCAACGUAAUGUGUGCGCGUCUAAGCUUCAUAAACACCUCCAUGUUCGUAGCAACCUGACCAAAAUAGUCACUACGGAGUGGAUAACGGAUAGCAUAGCUAACGGCAAAAGAUUGAGCGAAUGGAAAUACCGUGUUUUAAAAGAUGAGACACAACGAGAUCUACUGUCACAACUAAAAGUACCAACGACAGGUGAUCCAGAGCAUGCAAAAUCCAAUGCCAUCGACAUUAAAAAAUAUUAG